GUUGAUCACAUCUGGGGGGGGUUUGGGGGAUUCCUGGUUGUUUCUACAGCUCUCCGCAGACGCUGGACGUGGUGCAGUACCCAGCCGGAGCCACCGGGGGUGGACGGCGGGUUCGAGUUCUCGGUGAUGACCUACAACAUCCUGUCCCAGGAGCUGCUGCGGGACAACGCCUACCUGUACCGCCACUGCCACCCGGCCCACCUGCCCUGGGAGUACCGGCUGCCCAACCUGCUCACCGAGAUCCAGCAGCACGCCGCCGACAUCCUGUGUCUCCAGGAGUUUUUCCGGGGGGGCGACGCCCUUCUGGACAGGGACAACGUGGGCCUGAUCCUUCUGCUGCAGCCCACUGGGACUGGGGACCCCCCCGGGGACCCCCCCGGGGACCCGUCCUCCUGCGUGUGCGUGGCUAACACCCACCUCCUCUACAACCCCCACCGGGGCGACGUGAAGCUGGCCCAGCUGGCCAUCCUAUUGGCCGAGAUCGGCCGGGUGUCCCGCCUCCCCGACGGCUCCAGCCGGCCGGUGCUGCUCUGCGGGGACCUGAACUCCUCCCCCCAGAGCCCGCUCUACAGCUUCCUGACCAGGGGCCGCCUGGAGUACAAGGGGCUGAGGAUCGGCAUGCGCCGCCUCCAGUCCCCCAUCUGGUCCCCGAAGCUGGGCAUCAGCCGCCGGUGUCGGUACGAGAGCAAACGGCCCAAGUUCACCCCCGCCGGCCCCCCCCCGGCCGUCUCAGACCCAACGUUGGAGCUGGAGGAGGUCAACAGCCUGCCCAACCAGCACCACUCCUCCGACCACCUGCCUCUGCUCGUCCGCUUCCGGCUCCGCCCC